AUGUCGACACCCACAGAAGAGGCCCGCAGCGUCGCCGCCAACUCGUCCGACCCAGAGUUGCCAGGCAAGCCCGGCGCCGCACCGGCCGCCUCAUACAACCACGAUGGCUUCCUCCUCGACCCAAACGGCGGCGUGCCGGAGGCGCGUACCGCCCUCGACGAUGCGCGCGCAUCGGGCAGCGCGGCCAAGGGCAUCCUGCUCUCGCUCGGCUGGCUCGACCGCCUCCUCUCGCUCCUCAUCGUCGUCGCCAUGAUCCUCGGCGUCGUCAUCGGCGAGUUUGCACCGAACGCGAAGCAACGGCUCGAGACGGGCGACUUUGAGGGCGUCUCUGCGCCCCUCGUCGUCGGCCUCAUUGUCAUGAUGUGGCCCAUCCUGACAAAGGUCCAGUACGAGCGGCUGCCGGCCCUGUUCCGCACGCGCAGGCUGUGGUACCAGAUUGGGCUCUCGCUCGUCCUCAACUGGAUCGUCGGUCCCUUUGUCAUGCUCGCGCUCGCGUGGGCGACGCUGCCGGACCUCGAGGGCUACCGCAUCGGCAUCAUCAUGGUGGGCCUGGCGCGCUGCAUCGCCAUGGUCAUGAUCUGGAACCAGAUCGCCCGCGGCGACAGCACCACGUGCGCCGUCAUUGUCAUCAUCAACUCGUUUCUCCAGAUUGUCCUCUACGCCCCGCUGGCGCUGCUGUUUGUCAACGUCAUCAGCAACGACGAAGGUUUCGAGCUCGAGUACAGCAAGACGGCCAUCUCGGUCGCAAUCUACCUCGGCAUCCCGCUCGCCGCGGGCAUCCUCACCCGCUUCGCCGUCCUGGGCCUGGCCGGCCGCGACUUUUUCCAGCGCAAGUUCCUGCCCCUCUUUGCGCCCCUCUCGCUCCUGGCGCUCCUCUACACCAUCAUCAUCAUCUUUGCCUCGCAGGCCCGCCGCAUCCUCGACAACCUCGGCCCCGUCUUCCGCACCUUUGUGCCCCUCGUCCUCUACUUUGGCCUCAUGUGGACCCUCACCUUCCUCCUCAUCUGGUACCUCUCCAUCCGCUACGGCAAGCAGGAGUGGGGCUACCAGAUGGCCGUCGUGCAGUCCUUUACCGCCGGUUCCAACAACUUCGAACUCGCCAUCGCCGUAUGCGUCGCCGUCUACGGCGCCGACAGCGAACAGGCCCUCGCGGCCACCAUUGGUCCGCUCGUCGAGGUCCCCGUCCUCCUCAUCCUCAGCUGGGUCGCCCUCUUUGUCGGCCGCCGGAUGCGCUGGGACGUCAAGCUCCACGACAGCCAGGCCGAGGCCGCACGCGACAUCAAGUCGACCCAGGGCGAGAUCGAGAGCCAGUCCAAGGCCGAAGCGUAG